CCUCUCCCAACAUAAUGAUCUACAGAGGUCACACUUCGCUUGUUGUGAAACAUGCUGCGUUUGAGUUCUCCUUAAAAAAAAAAUUGUUUUAAGAUCGAAAAUAUUACAUGAAAAUUAAAUGUUAUGGUUUCUAUAGGGAACGAUUAAACGAGAACACAAAGUCACCUCCAACAUGUCUUCAAAAAGUCACUAGUCAAAAGAAAUGUCUGCUGUUUUUAUAGCCAACGUUGACAAAUAACGACGUUUCUGGUGGAGCCUGAACGCAGCAAACAUUACCUAGCUCCACACACUUCCGGUGUUAUGUCACUUACUCAACUGUCAUGGCGGCCCCCGUCGCGCUCAUACAAGGAGCCAGCAGAGGACUGGGGCUCGAAUUCUGCAAACACAUCUUGAAAAAUAAAACCCCCGCUGCGGUCAUAGCGACAUGCCGAGACCCGGACGGCGCGGCCGAGCUGCGGGGCCUGGUCGGCCGACACCCGGGCAGGCUCACGGUCCUCGGGCUGGACGUGAGCCGGGAGGAGGACAUCCGCGGCGCGGCGGAGCGCGUGAGGGAGGGCUUCGGUCGGCUGGAUCUGAUCGUCAACUCGUCGGCGAUGCUUCACCCCUCCGGUAAAGGGGAGACCAGCCUGAGAGACGUGACUGCCCAGGGCAUAAUUGCCACCUUGACGACGAACACGGUGGGUCCGCUCGUCAUGGCCAAGUAUUUCGCCCCCCUCCUUCAGAAGGGCGGAGGUGGUUUUGGUGCGCAGCUCGCAGAAAAGGCCAGGCAGCACAGCGGCAUCAUCGUCAACAUCACCGCCAAAGUGGGAUCCAUUGGAGACAACGGUCUCGGGGGCUGGUACAGCUACAGGAUGUCUAAAGCAGCUCUCAACAUGGCCACCAGGAAUCUGUCUAUAGAGCUGGGCCGCAGUCGACCCAGGGUGGUGUGUGUGUCCUUACAUCCGGGAACAGUGAACACUGACCUUUCCCGGCCGUAUCACAGGAACGUGCCACAAGACAAGCUGUUCAGCGCCGAACACUCUGUGAGCCGUCUGAUGGGCAUCGUCGACACGCUGAAUAUGGAAAAGACCGGCAAGGCGUACAACUGGGACGGCACCGAACUUCCUUGGUAGAAAUCAAUAAGUGGGAUAGUGGAGUGAAUUUAUCCACUGCUAGUCUUGAUGUUAACUCUAUCAGCGCCUUGUGGGCUGUGCAAUACGAUGGAGAUUAUGCAGUACAGAGGUUCCUGGUGGGGUCACAGUCUAAAAGACAAACCUCUUCAACUACCUCACAACCAACCACUCUGCUUCUAUCACCUGAAACUCUUACAUCGUGAACAACGCCAUCACACAAAGGCCUUAUUCUGCUGUAAGACUUCAUACAAAUGUGCCUAAACUAAUAAUCUAAUCGGGCUCAUUUUGGAUGUAGAAAUAAUGUGUUGAAUCUUGAAUCUUUUUUUCUUUUUUUCUUUAUCAUUUAUUUUCACCAAGUGGUUUGUGUUAAAUUAGUUAUCAGGGAGAUUUGCUUCUUUCACUUUCAUGUCAAGAAUUUGAUGAUAAGAUUGAGGACACACUGAUGAUAGUGUUUGUCCUUUGAGUAUGAAACAAGAACCUGGAGGUGAGCUUAGCCAGCUUAUUUUAGCUUUGCUUAACUUAGCUUAAAGACUGAAAACCGCAAUCGUGGCUCCGUCCAAAUGUUAAAAAAAACAACAACACCUGCCUCCCAGCAACCCCAGAGCUCACGAAUGAUCAUGUUGUAUCUCAUUGUGUUCAUCUGUACAAAAUCCCAACCGUAAAAAAAAUACAGGUCUUGGUUUUGCAUUUAUUGCAUUCAUUUUCAACAAUUAAGCAAAUAAAAGCAUACUUUUUAAAGUGUGAAAUCAA